UCUUCUUAAGGGCCUGAAACAUAACAACAUUGUUACACUACAUGACAUAGUACACACAGAGAAAUCACUCACAUUAGUCUUUGAGUAUUUGGAGAAAGAUUUGAAACAGUACAUGGAUGAUUGUGGAAGUAUAAUGAACAUGAACAAUGUUAAAUUAUUUUUAUUUCAAUUACUACGAGGACUAGCAUACUGUCACAAACGGCAAGUGCUACACAGAGACCUUAAACCUCAGAACCUCUUGAUCAAUGAGAAAGGAGAACUCAAAUUGGCGGACUUUGGUCUAGCCCGAGCUAAAUCAGUACCUAGUAAGACCUUUUCCAAUGAAGUGGUAACACUAUGGUAUAGACCACCAGAUGUUCUUCUAGGCAGUACAGAAUACUCCACAUCUAUUGAUAUGUGGGGAGUUGGAUGUAUAUUUUAUGAGAUGUCGGCAGGCCGACCACUGUUCCCUGGUUCUACUGUAGAGGAUGAACUUCAUCUCAUCUUUAAGUUCCUUGGUACUCCUGAUGAGAACACAUGGCCUGGGAUCAGUAGCAAUGAAGACUUUCAAUCCUAUAGCUUUCCUGCCUAUCCAAAGGAACCGGUUGUAACUCAUGCACCACGGUUAGACUUACAAUGCCAAGAUCUUCUAGAAGACCUGCUCAAGUAUGAAGGAAAGAAUAGAGUUUCAGCAGCUAAGGCAAUGAGACAUCCUUGCUUCAAUUGUUUUGGUUCUGGGAUCCAUACAUUGAGGGAUGUUCAAUCAAUAAUGGAUCUACCUGAAUGUCAGUUGUCUAGAGAUCCUGGUAUUCGUUCCUCCACCGUGCCUAGCACAGGCCCCUCUCGUGGGCGACGCCAGAGCAUGCACUUUUAACAUGACAAUAGACUUGAGAAACCCUGAGGAAGCUUCCAUGUUUGCUGUGACUGAUUCAUCAUGGAGAAGGUACCUCUUGUAUGAACAAAAAGAUGCGGAUCAUUUCCUUAACUUGGAAGGAAACCUAAAUGGAAUAAAGAAAGCGUCACUGAGAACAGUCUUUAUAAAUUAUUGUGAAAUUCCGUCGUAUCUUAAGUGCCACUCUCCGACUCUUUUUCAUCAAACCUUUGCUUAGUUGUAACAUGUCCCAGCUGAGAUGAGAUAAAGUAUGGACAAAGGAUGAUGUUUCCAAGGAUGGGUGAGACCCUUCUACUUUGGUAGUGCUUCUAUGGAUAUGAGAAUUGCAAUUGGCUUGCCUAUGUAGUAGUGAUCCUGUAAAGGAGACAACACUGAUCCUUCUCUGUUGUAAUUGUCAUGAUGAUGUCAUCAGUAAUACAAGAACAUUGUAAAACUAUUCAGUACUUACUGCUAUACUGAGUUUGGCAGAUCAAGACAUCAUCAACUGAAUGAAUAGAAUAGACAUUCAUUUCCAUGUCUGCUUUUAGCAAAUUUCUUGCUUUUAUUAUAAAUUAUUCAUGAAAUCAUGUGUACAUUAAUGUAUUUUGUUAUUGAGGUUUACGAUGCAAACAAAUCACAUUACAAGUUUCCUUCCAUGCUGUAUAGAUGUGUAUGUUUGAUACUGAAAUCCUCAUUAAGAAUAGUAAUUAAUUUAUCCUUGGGAGGUUAAUAUUUAUACCCUUUUCAAAAAGUAAAGAAGCUGUUGCUGCUUAAAGAAAUAUAUAUCUGUAUAGCUAGAAUAACAUACAAUGUGUUAGGAGUACAGAAUUGCUUACAUUUCUAGAAAGAUUUUAUAAUCAAGUUAGAGGUUUUGCAUUACCAUUCAGCUUUUCAUAAUGAAUGAAAUCAUUCUUUGUUGACAGCACUUGAAAUGUUUAAUAUUCAAUUUCCUAUAAAUAGCAUACUUUGAAUGCCAACUGCAAUUUUAUUAAGACCUCAAAGAUGAAUUUCUUGUUUUUAGCUAGUAAAUAGCAAGUAAAGUAAAAAUUAGUAUACAUUGAUGAUUUUAUCUCAAGGCAUUUAGAUCUCCCAUAAUUUAACUUAGAACAUUUCAAAAGAUAAAACAAGUCUACAAUUAAGUGUAAAGAGCUUCAACACAUGGGAAUAGGAUUGAUUCCUGUGUUUUGUGUGUUAGUUGUUAGUUAUGAUACUCUAACAAAUAAAACACAGAUAUUCUUGAAUGUUUAUGGUUAUGUUCUUUUGCUUUAAAGUUCAGUUUUAUUUCCAGUUUAUAAGACAGGAUUUCCCUUUGAUUUUGCCCUUGUUUGUGUUUUAUCUAUUAUUUACAUUAUUUCCACAGAUUCUACACAUAUUGUUGAAAGUUGCUUUAUUUCAUAUAUCAAUUAUCUUGACUAUGGAAUGCAACAAAAUUAUAACUACCAUUGUUUUCUUAUAUACCUGAUUGUUUAACAGUGGAGUUGUUCAUAUAUUUAUCCAUGAGCUAUGCCCUAGGAACAGUUUGAUUCUGCUCCCCCCCCCCCCUUAUUGGUUAUUAGCAUGUAUAUCAUGAAAGAAUUAAUACUGAAUGAUUAACAUAUUAUAAAAAAGAAAUACUGUUUGUGAUAUUUUGAUAUCACAGAAAAAAUGGUAUAUAAGGCAAGGAAUUUUGUAGUUUGUUAAUAAUUGGUAUAUGACAGAUACAUGUAUAUGGACUAUUUAAAUGCCCAAAUUUAUUUUGGGUGGUUUUUCAAGAACCACACUGCAUGGCGAAACAGUUAUAAUAGUCCAUAUAUUUUUUUAUAAAAUUAUUUGCUUUUUAAUUUCAUUUAAUUUGAUUGACAGACUUUUAUGCAAAAUUAUUUUAGCAAUGUAUGGGAAUUUUGAUGGUUUAUAGUAGAGACCAAGUAAGUGUUAACUACUUUGGGAACCAACCAUUAUUGAUUGAUAUACCUCUAGGAAAUCUCAAUGUGUAAUGAAAAUCCCUUAAUAGAUUACUAUGUCAGGGUUGCAUCAUUGUAUGUUAUUUUAUUUUACGUUUGUUACUCUGUUCACACUGUAUUCACUUAACAUAAUUAUUGUGCAAUUUCAACACUUAUGCCUGUCAAAUUGAACACAUUGAGAAUCGCGAUCGUUUCAGACACCUCUUCCAAUGUAUCUAAUUGUGCAUGCAAGAAAAGAUAGGUAUUGGAUAUAAGACUAGUUGUUUUGAGUCUUAAGUAUUUUAUUGCAUUACAGUAUUUCAGUGAUAAGAUACAUUUCCAAUAACCAUGAAAGCUUGUACAUGUUCAUAUAUUUGAGAGGAUUAAAGCUAAAUUACAGUAGUUGCAGUAAAACACUAAUUUCGUGAGAAAGUCUGUAAAACCAAGGUUAAGUAUGACUUUAUCAUCGUGGAUCUAGAUCUGGUACAGUUACAUAAACUGAACUUUGUGAAAUCAUAAAAUCUAAGCUGAAAUACGAUCACACUGAAGAUUGCCAACACAGAUAGGCACACGUGGGACAGUGUAUUAUUAUUGCUGGAAUAAAGACCCGACGGAAGUGACCGAAUCCGCGCUUAUUUUGCUUAUUUCUCAGCAAUUACACAAUUUCUUCCAGAAUCCUUUGGCACAUAUUUUUCAUUCAUACAAACAGACACUUGGGUGGUCAUUAUAUUAUAUUCUGUAAAAAGUAAUUUUUAGAUCGUUACCAGAACUGGAAUUUACCUUUAACUAGAAAACUCCAGGAGAAUGCUAUCAUCUGUGCCAGUGUAAUUCAAAUAAAUCUCAUUAAUUAACUCAGACUGAUAAGUGGCAUGAAAGAUGUUCCAUGGACUAAGAUUCACAUUGAAAGCAUAGACUAAUAUUAAAAAAGGUCUUAUUUAAUACGUACCGAAUGUGAUUAAUGUUUUAUUUUAUAUUGUUCAUAUGGAAGAAAAAAAAAAUUCUUGCAGGUGCUUUCAAAAUAUCUAUGACUGACAAAUCAUUAAAAAUAGUAUAACACAUAUUAGUGAAUGAGAUGAAAUUAAAAUGGUGUUUCCAGCUAUGUUUUAAAGCAAUAGGGGAGAGUGGGGUAAAUAAGGCCCCCUUUUUUCAUAAUUCAAAUCAUAUCUUUUUAAUGCAUAGCAGUAGUAACAUGAUUAGAUUCUAAUACUAGUUCUACAGUAGACCUACACUAUCCAAUAGAAAGAUGAGAACUAUUCAAUCUCGCUGAGCAUUGAACAUUGUUGUCAGAGGGCUGUAUUUGCCUCAUUAAAAUGUUGCAAAUUAGGCCCCUUAUUAAAAACUAUUUUGUGUUACAAUUAGGGAUGCCAGUUUUCAGGCAAAAGACUGAAUUCAGGCUCUGGCUAUUUAUUUUCAGGCCAUAGUUUUAGCAUUAUUGUGUACAAAAUAUUGUAUUCUAGGUGAUUUUCAGGCCCUCUGAUCAAUUUAAACUGGCAUCCCUAUACAAUAUUCACAGUAUGAAUAGUUCAGUUAGUUUGAUUCAAUCACUGAACAUUUAAAAAUCAGAGGAUUAUUUACCUAUGCCUUUAAGGACAUGCAUAACUGCUCUGUGUUUUUAAUACAGUACAUGAAAAGAUUUUUAGACUUGUUCCAAUACACACAUCUUAAUUCAUAUGUAAAGUAGUGGUAAUUUCAUUUAUUGCAUUCAUUGUUGAUGAGACGACUUUGUAAAGCAAGUAUUUGGCUGUGUACAAUUGAUUUGCACUGCACUGUUGUUAUCACUGGUAAUCAUUAUAAUGAUUUGAUAGACUUGUAAAAUCACUUCUAACCAUAAUAUCACCUUAUCAUACUAGUACUACAUUUAGUAACAGGUCAUUUUCUGGUUUGAUACGCCAUUUUUGUCUCGCCCACCAGAGGUGAAGGUAAGACUAAGGGAUCCAAAUGUUGUCCGUCCGUCACAAACCUUAUGACACAUCACUCCGCAACCGUAAGUCACUUUUCAACCAAACUUGGAUGGUAGAUGCACUUAGGGGACCUGCAUGUCAUGCUGCAGUCUGAGGUCACAUGGUAAGGUCAAAGGUCAUUUUCAGGUCAACGUCUAAGUUUACAUACAAGACUCUUAUGACAAACAACUCUGCAACUGAGUCACUUUUCACCCAAACUUAGAUGGUAGAUGUAUUUCGGGGACCUGCAUGUUAUGCUGCAGUCGGAGGUCACAUGGUAAGGUCAAAGGUCAUUUUCAGGUCAACGUUAAAGUUUACAUGCAAGACUCUCUUAUGACCUACAACUCCGCAACCGAAAGUCACGUUUCGCCCAAACGUUUGUUGUUGAUGUACUGAAGGGACUUGCAUGUUAUGCUGCAGUCUGAGGUCACAUGGUAAUGUCAAAGGUCAUUUUCAGGUCAAUGUUAAAGUUUACAUGCAAGACUCUCUGAUGACACAACUCUGCAACCGUAAGUCACUUUUUAAUAAAACUUGGAUGGAAGAUGUACUUAAGAAACUUUCAAUUCAAAUUUAUUUCCACAUCUGAUUUAAAACACAAGUACAUAUACAUAUGCAGAUAAAUAUGUACAAUAUAUAAAUAUAUACAAUAAAUAACAUUAAAAUGAAACAUAUUCAGUUCGAAAUCAUAAUGUGGUGGGAAUUGACAAAGGCCUCUCAUGUUAUGUUGCAGUCGGAAGUCACAUGGUAAGGUCAAAGGUCAUUUUUAGGUCAACAUUAAAGUUUACAUGCAAGACUCUUAUGACAAAUAACUCCGCAUCCAUAAGUCAAUUUCAAAUCAAACUUGGGUUGUGGCUGUACCUAAGAGACCUGCAUUGUCUUCGGAGGUCACGUGAUAAGGUCAAAGGUCAUUUUGAGGUCAACAUUAAAGUUUACAUGCAAGACUCUCACGACAAAUCUUAUUCCAUCCCAGUUAUUUCACAAUGAACUUUUGAUACAAUUCUGUUGCAUGCCCUUGCAAAUCGCGAUAUUUCUGGUCAUUUUCACAAGUGGGCGAGACACAACAUUGCUUAUGCCUUGUUUUCUUAUGAGGGAGCUUUCACACAGCGCCGGAGAAUGGAUCCUACAACGCAGCAAAUGCAUUGAAAGUGUCAGUCAAAUCACAAUGAAGUCUUUGUCGAGGGUAGGUGAAUGGGAACAGCAGUUUCAUCCGAUGUUUCAAUGCUGACCAAAAAUUGCAAAUAUUUAGUUUGUCCAGAGAUUCAAUUCACCGACUCACGACAAAGACUUCAUUGUGAAGGGCAUUUGAUAAAAGAUUCUCUAUGUUUUAGAAAGCGUCUGCAUAGCUGUUGCAAAAACUCUGUAUUGUGAACAAUUAUGGUUUGAAUUGUAUCAUUAUAUAUGAGCAUUUAUCGCAGAGGUUGAUCAGUUUUGCGUCUCAUCACUUCAUUUAUUGGAUAUGAUAUGAAAUGUUAAUGAUGUAAGACUCCACAAUGAAAAAGGUUUUUGAAAUUGAAAGAAUAUUUUGAUCAAUUGCAACUCAAUUUUGGAACUCUAAAUCAAUCACAAUCUUGCUAUGAAUUACAAAUUUGCAAUUGAUCACUAUUUUACUUUUUGCAGUAAAAGUAAAAAAUUGCUUUACUGUGUUGAAAUUCAUCUAUCACUUGCAAAUUUGAUAAUCAAUUGUAAAUGAAGACUCUUGCAACAUGUCCAGCUUUGCCUGCAAUGCUGUUUUAGAUCACGAGGGGAAUACCCCCUGAUUGAAAUCCAGUCUGAUUUCUGGAAAUGAACACUUGUAUAUUCCUUGAAUAUUUCACUGUAUACUUAUUGAUGUAGAUAGAAAAUUAACUUAUAUGUAAUAUGUUAUCAUGAGAAGAAUUUGCAUUUUCAAUUGAUUAAAACUGAUCUAAAUGAUACAUUGAUUAAAA